AUGAGCGCAUCUCAAUCCUCCAUAGGGGCAGGUUUGGGUGUUCGAUCAAGAGCGAGUAACAAACUGUACGCGGUGAAGCAGUCAAACCUGUCUAAUCAGACAGAGGAGGAUCGACUUCGUAUUCUCUCCGAAGUUGACAUCAUUUGCAAAUUGCAUCAUCCACACAUCGCGAGAUGUAAAGAAGCCCAGCUCCUUUUUGGCUCGCUCUGGCUGGUGCUGGAAUAUGCUCCUGGAGAUAUCAAGAGUGCCAACAUCUUGGUAUUUGACAAACUGCGCUUAAAAAUUGGCGAUUUUGGGAUGGCGAAACAACCAAUGGACAGGAGCAUGCUCAACACCUUGGUUGGCACGCCGGAAUAUCUCUCUCCUGAAAUGUGCAGAGGCGAGCCUUAUAAUUCUAAAACCGAUGUGUGGUCACUAGGUUGUGUGCUUUCCGAGAUAGCGAAUGGGAAGCCCCCAUACAAAGGCACGAACUUAUCCGCGGUUAUGACCGAGAUUUGUUCGGGCGAUGCUCCUUAUUGCAGAACCGAAUACUCACUGUGGAUCAUCGGCCUUAUCCGCAGUAUGAUGCAUCCCUACCAAAGUAUUCGUCCUGAAGCGAUGGCAAUUGAGGAAUUGUUCCGUGCUGGUCAAAGUGGGGACCCCGAGGUGGUCAAUCUACAAUACGAUGAUGUGCAUGUGACGGGUCCACCAUCCACGCCGGAGCUGGACAGUCCGACUUAUCGCCCUGCAGCUAAAUCGACCACAGCGAUCACUUCAGGGGGAGGCGGUGAAAUACAACAGGGAAAGAGCCACACUAGCAUCGGUGCAAAGAAGGGGCAUAGCAUCAAGAAGAAAAUACAGAAAACGUUGCGGCCUACUAAAGAGAACAACGCUAGCGGAAAGAAGAGGAAUACGUCUCAUGAUGAGAACAUCGUGGCAGAUUACGAGAAGAAUAUUAACACUCUAGCGGACAAUACACACAACGGGCACCAGUAUGUUCAUCAAACACACUCCGGCUCAGUGCACGUAUCCGUGGGGAAUGCUAGGUACAAAAUUCCAAAAAGCACAGGCCAGUCAGCCCCCCAAUACGCUUCAACAGUUGUGGGAUCUACCGAGGACAACGAAAUCUAUGGUUUACUCUUUGGUGGCUUUGAGGGCGACCAGGGUUCAGAAAUGACGGACGAAUCCACAUACACAAAGCUUAGAGUCAAUUUAAAAUCUGACUACAAACAGAAGAGGCAGGUAGGGAAACCCUCGACCACUUUAUCUAAUCGGGCGCACCUCCGUACUGGUCGUGAUUAUUCAACAAAUCAAGCAGCUACUUUUGCACCACACAGUUCAUCGACAUCUGAAUUCUAUAACAACAACACCAUCGAUCAUGAUGAGUACAUGAAUGCGAGCACUCAGUCGGAAACGGUGAAUGAGUUGCAUAGUACGAAAUCUGCACAACCAUCCAGCAAACCCACUCUAAAUGAAAACUGCUCACUCGCCCCCGAGGUUGACGCAAACUAUCUGGUAUGGAAGGAUGUGAAAGAUGGCCAGGCUGUACACGUGUCGAGAUCGACGUCUUUCCCAGGCUCAAGAUCUAAUGAGAGCUUUUGUAAGCGUUCCAAUACUGGUCAUUCCAUUAGACUCAAUUUCGAUCUGCGUGAGCCACACAGACGAUCGUCGCAUCGUGUGCGUGCUGAUAGAUUGUCUCAAGACGAGUUCAAUCCUGUCCUCGAAAAGGAAACCACACCUUCACGCCUCCCGCCGCAGCAUCACUCGGAUAUGGCAACCGCGCAGGUAUCGGGUGCCACAAAAAACAAUGGUGACGAGUCAACCACUUUGCCCACGCCAAAAGACAGCACGAACACCGCCUCGAGUCGCACCUCCCUUCGAUCUGAGAGAUCCUCAACACAGUCUAACCAUACGAAUGUGACCACGUUUACAGCGUUUCGGAAGACAAUAUCCGGAAUGGAGAAACAUGAAGACCACGACACUCCAGCCCCAACGUAUGAGAACCUCACGCGAGUACGUGUUGUGCAUCGAAGUGAUCCGUUGCCGGCCCAAGAAAGAAAGGAAGACAACAAUAAUCACAAGGCUCAGGGAAAAUUUCCACCUCGGUACGCUUCUCAAGAAGCAUCUGCCAAUCGAGAGAGUCGCGUUUAUUCUAGGGUGAAGCACAUAGAGGAAGAGGAGAGACGGUUUCAGACACAACUGCAAGCAGAUAGAGCAGGAGAGCACCCAAAUCAAGAUAAGUCUACGAAUCCGUUGUUGAGCGUUCGCAGACAGUCCGAAUUUCAACAGUCUCUCGACAAAAACGGUGCUGGUGGCAGCGUAGAGCCCUCUACAUACUUAUCUUCCGACGAAAACUCAGACGAAUACUACGAUCCAGAAAUUGAGCUCUGCGAUCGAUGUGGUGGGGAUCACCUACCUCACCAAUGCAGCUCUCGUAUAGCAAUGGAAUCAAAGGGCAAAUUUCUGGAACCUCGUUCGAUUCGAGCCCACAAAGACAACCUACCGAUAGAAAACACUACGAAAGAGGUACGGGAGGCCAGACGUCAAGCACCUCAUUGUAGUAUCGACACUCCGAGCUACACAGGUAACCUAGAAGCGAGGCGGAAGAUAACAAAAGACACAAACAACUCCGAUGAUCUCGAGAUGAAGGAGACCGACUCGACUAAAUUUGAGUCACAGCAACAUCUUCCUCGCCAGGAAACUACAGCACAUCCUCCCCGGGGCCGCGUGCUUAAACCAAGAUCCGCACGGAUACCACACGGUAAGCAUUCUGUGUCCGUAACUCAAGAGUAUCCUAGUCAGGACGCCAAUUAUCCUCCUCCAAGUGCUCGCCCUAAUUCACGCUCCGUCACGCGCAAUCAUGGAAGGCGAGUUAACAAAGCAAGUACAAAGAGAGAAGAGGAGCUUGAUGGGCAACAUAUCCAACAGUCGCGUGUAAGCAUCCGCAAUUCUCAACAGCCACCGCAAUGUGGUGACUCGCACGUAAAAACACGCAAGGAUUCGUCAGAACAUGGCAAGUAUCUGGAAUCUGAAGGGAUCUCGCACUCAGAUCACCAUCAAGAAACUCAGUCAGCUAUCAAGCGAGGUGAGGCUGCAAGCAGAGGAGCGGAGGAAGAUCGACUCGAAGGUGUUAUGGGUUCAAUGGCCGGAGAUCUCGUGCAAUCCGAUGCCCCACGACCGGCACGUUCGGAAAGAACUCGACGUCAUAAUUCUUCAUAUCAAAACAGACCCAAACAUUCGGAGCACAGCUACAGUGGCCUAGAUGCUAUUCAGCCCGAAUCACCAGAAUUGUACAAAUAUAUGUGUGAUAGUAUGGGAGAAGACAAGGUACUCAGCGCGAUAGCUUUUCUGCGAGGCUUGCCGGGCUCAAUCUUUGGCAACGACCCACUGACAAAAGCCGUUCUCAAGGUACUUGUUUCAAUUAUUGGGGAGGAGAACGAGUUUCUCGGUCCUUUGCUGUUAGAAAUGAUAGUUCCCGGAGUCCAGCAUGGCUGA